CUCCCGUCUCCUCUCAAAAUAAUUCCGCCAUCGUCAAUUGUUAUCACUCGCAUAUUCAUAUUGCCCUCCAAACUAGGAGCUCCCUCCAGGGAAAAACUCCCGAUUCCAGGCAACUAGCCCUGGUGAAAAUGGAAGCGAGUGGUAGCUAACUGUCUCAGGCUUAUAUGGCCAUGCCCAUGGAUACAGGGCGUCGGGGCCUUUGUUUGAGGGACGGACCUGAUCCAGCAUCAUAAAUAAGGAGACUAAGGCUGUCUACUCAACCAGGACAAACCAUUCCAAGGCCUUUCACGAUUGGGUAGCAUUUAAUAUGGAAAAAAUAAAAGAAACUGCUGACAAAUAUAAGUUGAACCUAAUUUCAGUACCAUUCAAUCCAUUGUCCCUUACAGUUCCCAUUGGUGAUGGACAUCAUGAAUUUUUUGUUUUGCUGCAUCACCACAUAUAUAACAAAUAAGCUACAUAGACAAACACAGAUAUCAUUUAUCCUUGUUAGCAAGGAGGAGGCGGUGCAUUGAUAGGUACUUGGUGAUAUAUUGGCAAUGCUUGCACUUGUUGGAGCAAGAGCAGGUCCUGUUCACUCACAGACGUGCCUCGGUGCUACAAUGCGGCUCAUGUUACCAGCCGAGCAAAAUGUCCCCUCCAAGACGAUGACCCAAAUGCCGAAUGAUUAUUCAUACAGCUCGCUGAUACCUGGUCUGCCAGAAGAUGUGGCAAAGAUAUGCCUUGCUCUUGUUUCUCGGAGCUAUUUCCCUGUCAUGGGUGCUGUGUCAAAGAGGUGGAUGACGUUCAUUGGGAGCAGAGAAUUCAUCGCCGUUCGGAAGGAGGUUGGGAAGCUUGAAGAGUGGAUUUAUGUCCUGACCGCUGAAGCAGGCAGAAAGGGAAGAAGUUGUUGGGAGGUGUUGAGGAGCCCGGAUCAGAAGAAGAGAAGGCUUCCUCCUAUGCCUGGUCCAAACAAAGCUGGGUUUGGUGUGGUGGUUCUUGAUGGAAAGCUUUUUGUCAUGGCUGGCUAUGCUGCUGACCAUGGGAAAGAGUUUGUUUCUGAUGAGGUUUACUGCUAUCAUGCCUGUCUGAACAGGUGGACUGCACUUGCCAAGCUGAAUGUUGCGCGGCACGACUUUGCCUGCGCAGAGGUCAAGGGAGUCAUAUAUGUAGCUGGUGGACUUGGACUUGCUGGCGUUAGCCUGAACAGCGUGGAAGCAUACAAUCCACAGCAGAACAAAUGGACACUGAUAAAGAGUCUUCGCAGGCCGAGGUGGGGCUGCUUUGGUUGUGGGUUCAGUGACAAGUUGUACAUAAUGGGUGGGCGUUCUAGCUUCACUAUUGGUAAUACACGCUCUGUCGACGUGUAUGAACCUGAUCGCCACACUUGGGAGGAGCUCAAGAGAGGCUGUGUGAUGGUCACCUCUAAUGCUGUCCUUGGCAAGAGUCUGUUCUGCAUCUAGUGGAAGAAUCAGCGGUCACUCGCAACAUUUAACCCAGCAGACAACUCUUGGCAGAGGAUCCUGUUGCCCCAUACUGGCAGUUCCAGCACUAAGUUUUGCCUUAGGGUUUUUGGCAUGAAGGUUCUUCUAUUCUCACUGGAGGAGGAACCUGGGUACCAAACACUGAUGUAUGAUCCUGCAGCACCCACAGGAUAUGAGUGGCAGACAACUAAGCUCAAGCCUUCAGGGUCGUGCAUAUGCAGUGUGAGCAUUGAAGUUUGAAGAUAUAGCUAUAUGUAUAAAUGGCACUCCUGGUAUUCUUCUAUGGCCUCACUGUUGUUCUGUCACUUCUGUCAAACCACGCACAUAUGUGUUCAUAGUUGUAUACGAUUACGAGUGAAGUCUUUUACAUUAGAUGGUGUUGUGACAGUAUAUAUCUGCUCCUCAUUUCUGUCAAUAGGCUGAGGUAUAGAUAACGGAAAAGCUUGUAAUUUGCUCCAUUUGUGAUUUUGUAAAUUGAUGUAUAUGUUCCAGAUAUGCCAAAUUUUGAUUCCUUA